AUGUCCGACACAGUCCAAGCUGGUGUCGCUGCGGCGGCAACGGCACCCGAGCUGUCCUCUCUAGUAGACACGCUUUCAAACACCACGCUAUCGUCUCAGCCAAAGCCAGCUCAGGGCGACACCACUUCUUCGACACUUUCGCGUCGCGGUGCGCACGGUGCCGACAACUUCGACCUUCCCGAAGGCCUCAAACGUAUGCUCGCCAACAUGUAUGAUCCCAUCACCAACCCGGACGGCAUCAUCAACGCGGGCAUCGCAGAUAACUCUCUCUGCCGCACCGAGCUGCUCGAGUUCUUCCUCGCUAAGGACCAGCUCAAGCUUUUACCUGCAGACAUGACAUAUGCGGAUCGCUUUACGUGUUCAUCGCAGCUGCUCGAGGCUAUUGCUGCGCUGUUCAAUCAACGUCGGCCUGACUGGCCAGAGACCAAUGCGUCUCCUCUGCCGCUCACCAAGGUAGAGCCGAGUCACAUUGCGAUUGGCAGUGGGGCAACCGGUAUCCUGGACGAGUUGUUCUGGAACCUCUGCGAUGAGGGUGAUGGCGUUCUGUUGAGCGCGCCGUAUUACAACGCAUUUGACAACGACUUGACCAACCGGGCCAAGGCGAGGAUCGUGGAGGUCUCGGUUCCGUUGCCAGAAGAAGCGCAACGACUGCAGGAAAGCUUGGAGUAUUCGUCGUUUGCACCAUCCACGGUCACGGCGUAUGAAGAGGCAUAUCAAAAGGCCAUAGCUGAUGGCAUCAAUGUGAGAGUGCUGCUGUUGUGCAAUCCUCACAACCCGACAGGUACCAUCUAUCCUCGAGAGACCGUGGUGGAGCUUGCGAAAUUUGCGGCCAAAUAUCAGUUGCAUUUCGUGUCGGACGAGAUCUAUGCUCGAUCAACGUUCACCACGACCGACGUUGCCCAACCGUCGACUUUCCACAGUAUACUAUCUAUUGAUACUCUCAAGGAAUGCAGAUUGGAUCCGUCGUUUGUGCACGUUGUCACGUCGGCUUCAAAGGACUUUGCUAUCAACGGGUUUCGUUUGGGCGUUCUGGUGUCACAGCACAACCCUGCGUUGCAACGUGCCAUGGCGUGCAUUGGCUUGCUCUCGCAGUCGGCCUCGCCUGCAGCUGCGCUCUGGAUUGCCCUGUUGCGCGAUACCGCAUUCCUUGAGUGGUACUUCGCCGAAAACAGACGUCGACUCUCGCUCGCGUAUCAACACACGGUCGAAUUCUUGCACCACCACGCCAUCCCUUACACCCGAUCAAAUGCGGGCUUCUUCCUGAUGAUCAACCUCGGAACAUUUUGCGGCAUCCACAAACACAUGUCGGACAAACAAGCAAGGGAAAAAGAAGCCAUCUUCGUAGAUCGACUCAUCGAAAAUCGCUUGCUUAUCAGCCCAGGCACUAUGUACCAUCAUCCCAUCCCCGGUUGGUUCAGAUUCACCUUCAGCCAACAGCCAGACACGUUGAAGUUGACUUUCACCAGGCUCGAACGCGCCAUGCGCGUCCAGCACAGUUUCGAACACAACAGGCCAGUCCUGGAUUGGCACUCACGCGCCAACAAGGCCCCCAACAGUACACCGCCCAAUCCGUAG